UUAGAAGAAUGAUAAAGCAGCUAUGUCAGACAAGAAAGGAUUUUGCACCUCAGGGAAUCGAUACGAUGGACCAAAAUUCUCUCAUUCAUAUACUGAGAGAAUAUUCACUUCAGAAGAGAUUUCUAAUUGUUUUCGAUGAUGUAUGGAGUGCUGACUUUUGGAAAUUCGUAAAAAUUGCUUUACCAAAAAACAGCAAAGGAAGUCAAAUAAUUGUCACUACACGCAGCGAAGAUGUUGCUAAUUUUUGCAAGGAAUCCUCAUCGGAUCAGGUUUGCAAAGUGGAGCCCCUAAUGGAGGGGGAGGCUUGGAAGCUCUUUCGCAUGAAAGCAUUCCAACUGGACUUCGGUGGUCAUUGUCCUCCCGAGUUGGAGAAAGUAUCCAGUGACAUUGUUAGAAAAUGUGAAGGAUUACCACUUGCAAUUGUGACAAUAGGCGCUCUCUUGUCCGCUAAAAGUAAGGUUGUAUCCGAAUGGCAAAGAUUCUAUAAUAGCCUCGGAUUUGAGUUAGAAAGGAAUCCGCAUCUCACAAACAUCACGAAAAUUGUGUUGCUUAGUUACCAUGAUCUGCCUUACUAACUCAGACCAUGUUUUUUGUACUUUAGCAUAAUACCGGAGGACUAUCAAAUCACCCACGGAAGACUAACUCGAUUAUGGAUAUAUAGCCGAGGGUUUCAUUGAAGGCAGAAAGGAAAAAUGUUGGAAGAAGUUGCAGAAGGACACUUGACUGAGCUCGUUCAUAGAAGCUUGGUUCAAGUUUCGCAAAGAAAAUUGGAUGGUAGAAUUAAAAGAUGUCAGGUCCAUGAUGUAGUCAACGAGAUCAUCCUCGCAAAGUGUGAGGAGUUGAGUUUUUGCCAAGUUUUGAGAGAAGCAGAUCCAAGUUGGAACAAUGAGACUCGUCGAAGGUCAAUGCAUAUGUGAAACAUAACGAAUAAGGAUUUGGAAACCAUGAGUAGUACCAAAUCAAGAAUUCGUUCCGUUUUUGUUUUCUCGGUGGGGGAGUUGCCAAAGCAGCAGUUAUUGGGUACUCUAGCUGUGAAUUUCAAGCUUUUGAAAGUACUAGAUCUUCAAGGAGCUCCUCUUGAUAAACUUCAUGAAGCCGUGGGAAAUCUUCUUCAUUUGCGAUACUUAAGUGUCAAGAGGACAAAAGUGGAGAUAAUUCCAAAGUCCAUUGGAAAUCUACAAAACCUACAAACUUUGAACUUGAAAGACUCGCAGGUGUCUAUGCUACAAAUUGUGAUCUUUAGUAGACUUCGUAAGUUGCGGCAUCUUAUAAUACCACCAAGAGUGAAGAUUCGAGAAGGGAUUGAGCAUUUAGAAGAGUUGCAGAUGUUGCAAUACGUGGAGGCAAAUGAUGAUUUAAUCAAAGAGCUAGAAAACUUGAGGCAAUUGAGGAAGUUGGGUAUUUGUUACCUGAAAAGAGAACACGGGAAGGCUCUACGUACCGCCAUCGAGAAGAUGAAUCACCUUCAAUCUUUGUGGGUUUGGGCUAUAGGCAGUGACGAGAUUCUGGAUUUGCAUUCUUUUUCUUGUCCCCCCGUAUCUCUUCAACAUCUCUACUUGAAUGGACGUUUGGAAACAUUACCAAACUGGAUAUCGAGACUCGAUAAUCUAGUUUUCCUAAAACUAAUUCAGUCAAGGUUGACCGGUGCUCAUGCAAUAAAAGCUCUUCAAGCAUUACCUAAUUUGAUAGAACUUAAUUUCUUCAACGGGUAUGAUGGAGAACAAUUGUUUUUCGAUGUAGGAGGGUUUCCGAAGCUUAAGUCGCUAUACUUCAGAGGUUUAGAGGGAUUGAAUUCACUUGUAAGAGAGGAAGGAGGAUUGCCCGUUCUUAAGAAGCUUCAAAUUGUUUGUUGCCCACAACUGAAGGAGGUGCCCUCCGGUAUCCGCAACCUCAGAGAACUCAAAUCUCUUGUCUUUUGGGAUGUGCCAACAAAGUUCUUAGAUAGAAUGCAACCAGGCAUAGGUCAAGACUAUUGGGUUAUUGAGCACAUACCUAAUGUCCAGUUUGUAUGGUACGACGAAGGAGGGUUAUUUAGAGUUGGUACUCCUCGGGAAUUCCAAGAUGUGAGGGAAAGCCAAAGGCUAAAUGAUGAACCUGAAGAGUUGGAGGGAGUUGAAUAAUGUUCUAAGCAACCCCGCAAAAAUAAAAGGUUUUACUCCCAGCACUUGAAGUUGGAGAAAAUUCAUGUACAGGACGAUAAAGAAUUCCAAGUAUUUCAAAGUACUACUCACAUCAUUCACAUCACCAUGAAUGCAUUUCAGUUGCCGUUGGUUUUCAUUUCCUUUGUUGUGUGACAUGAAUAAGGGUAUCUCUGCCCUACACUUAAAUGGUCGCUAUGAUUUUGACUGAUGUUGUUUUCGUCGUUGUCUUUUGUUUGUUGUUGUACCAAGACUUCUUGUACCAAGGCAACAUAUCCUAUGUCUGUAUUAUUUUGUAUAUAUAAUACAUUCCAAUAUUAAACUGCAGUGACAGCAGCUUGGAAUUGGAUCGUUUAGUGAGCCCGUUGAGCAUUCA